AUGAACGGCAGCCUGCCCGACAAGAUCGAGGAUCUGGUCAAGUGUUCCGACGUGAACCUGGCCGGGCUCGUGGGCUCAGUGUUGAGCACCGCGUGCGGCACCGACCUCCUGGCUCUGCUGCCCAUGGACGCUCUCUCUGGUCUGGGUGUGCUGGAUGGCGCCCUGGGCAAGAGCGCAGACGCCAAGGCCCCGAGCGCCGCAGAGGGCUCUGACCCUGCCGCCGUCCCGGUGUCACCCAUGGUCCCCGACGGCCUGCCCGUCUCGGUCGCCAGUGCUGAGGCUCUCCAGGAUGUGGUUGAACCCAUCUCCCAGGUUGCCCAGGACGCGGCUUCCAAGGCCAAGAGCCUCGCAGGGCUGACUGACCCCUUGAGGAAGGUGUCUAGUGUCGUUGACACGGCAAAGAAUCUGCUUUCCACUGGCCCCGUCAGAGACUUGCUGCCCUCCCUGGGCUCAGGCUCAUCCUCAGGCGACCGGGACGGGAGCGGACUGCUGCUGAAUACUAAACUGGGUGAUGUCACUGUGAACAGCAUCACUUACUCAAUGACAGACAAAGGGAUGGACGCCCAGGCCUCAGUCACCGCCGGCGUGAUAGCAGAAGGUAUCGCCGGAGCUGCGGUCACCGUACUCGAGAUCCAGGUGUCAAUGGUAGUAACAGUGCACAUCAGCAGUACACACGAGCCUGCUAACAACACUUGCCAACUGGAAGUCGAGCAGAAGUCCAUGGAGGUCACAGAAGUGUGCAUCAUGCUGGUGAAGACGGCCCUGGACAUGCUGCCUAUGUCUCUGCCCCUGCCUAUUUCCUUGAAUGAUGUGAUGCUGAUGGUCCUGAGCGUAGAACUGACUAAGAACGCAAAAGAAUCUUCGUGCGCCAUCCAGCUGGAUGAUUUCGACACAGGCAAGAAUGUGACCGGGGCUGUGUGCCAGUACACCAUUGCCAAGACCAAUAUCUAUGCUGAUGGCCUGUGCAUCUCCUACUGUGCCAAAUGCACCUGGAAUAAAAUCCCAGUCUCAAUGCCUGGAAGUUCCAUUCCUAAGCACCCUAAAAAUGAUAGUGUUUCUCUAAUCUUGUCUCACGAAACUGUCAAAGAAUUUGUCACUCGAUGUGCCAAGCCGGUCAGAGUCAAGGUAGGGGAUGUGGAGGCCUGCAUCUCCAGGCUCUCCUAUGGCUACCGGCCUGAUCAGAAACUAGAGCUGAUCAUGAAUUUUGAGUUGAAGAAGGCUGGCCAGCCCUACGGCAUUGCUCGAUCGGUUGCCAUGUACUCCCACCUGUGCAGGACAGCCAAUGGCAAAAUGGUGGCAGACAUCAAGAUGAUAAGCAUGACUCAGCAAACCACGAUGCCUCCUGAGAUUAUGGACGAGAUGCCAAACUUGGUCUAUGAAGUGCAGUCCAGAGCAGUUUCUGCCAUCACUGGAUGUUUAAGCCAAUGGAACCUUCCCACUGGGGUGUCCUCAAAUCCUGUGCCUCCUGCCAAGCUUGUACCUAUGAAGACGAAAGAUCUUCAGACAGGAAAAUAA